AGGAGUAGGAAGUGAGCUGUUCAGAAGCAGAAGGAUCUAUUCUUUGCAGAAGGGGGGGACCCGAGGUUCCCCCAUCCGAGGCGCUGGAGGACCGGGACUCCGGGGACCGGGACCGCCUGGUCCAGAGCUCCGCAAGCAGCCUCCGCUGGGGAGCCUGCGUGGAUCCGGGGGGGUUUCUGGGGGCGUUUCCCCGGACCUGACCCUAGGCAUUGGCCCCGAUCCCCCCCGCCCUGCUGGAUUGGCUGAGCAGCCUGGAAAAUGGUAAAUGACCAUUCGGAUCAAUUACAGGCUUUUAGCGGUGUUGUCUGUCAUAAUUCAUGAUUCGGGUCUGGGAAAAGGACCAGCAGCCCAGCGUGCCAAGAAAGGGGCAGAGUUGGAUGGAGUUGGGUGGACUUCUCCCGUGCCUCCUGCCUCUCCACCCCUAGAGGAUAAAGCACUUUUGCAGACAUUCAGUAGAGAGAGGGGAGAGACCAUGUUUGACUGUAUGGAUGUUCUCGCAGUGAGCCCUGGGCAAAUCCUGGACUUCUAUACUGCGAGCCCGUCUUCUUGCAUGCUCCAGGAGAAAGCCCUCAAAGCAUGCUUCAGUGGAUUGACACAAUCCGAGUGGCAGCGCCGGCACACUGCUCAAUCUAUCGAAACACAAAGCACCAGUUCUGAGGAGCUCGUCCCCAGCCCCCCUUCUCCACUCCCCCCUCCUCGUGUUUACAAGCCCUGUUUCGUAUGCCAGGACAAGUCGUCAGGCUAUCACUAUGGCGUCAGCGCUUGUGAGGGAUGUAAGGGCUUCUUCCGCAGGAGUAUUCAGAAGAACAUGAUUUACACUUGCCAUCGAGAUAAGAACUGUGUGAUUAACAAAGUCACCAGGAACCGCUGCCAGUACUGCCGUCUCCAGAAGUGCUUUGAAGUGGGGAUGUCCAAAGAGUCUGUCAGAAAUGAUAAGAAUAAGAAGAAGAAAGAGCCUUCGAAGCAGGAAUUCACAGAAAGCUAUGAAAUGACAGCAGAACUGGAUGACCUCACUGAAAAGAUCCGGAAAGCUCACCAGGAAACCUUCCCAUCCCUCUGCCAGCUGGGGAAAUACACCACGAACUCCAGCGCCGAUCAUCGGGUGCGCCUGGACCUCGGCCUCUGGGACAAGUUCAGUGAGCUGGCCACGAAGUGCAUUAUCAAAAUCGUGGAGUUUGCUAAAAGGCUGCCGGGCUUCACGAGUUUGACCAUCGCGGAUCAGAUCACCCUCUUGAAAGCAGCCUGUCUGGACAUCUUGAUUCUUAGAAUCUGCACAAGAUACACACCUGAACAAGACACAAUGACCUUUUCCGAUGGCCUUACCCUAAACCGAACCCAGAUGCACAAUGCCGGCUUUGGACCUCUCACAGAUCUGGUGUUCACCUUUGCCAAUCAGCUCCUGCCUUUGGAGAUGGAUGACACAGAGACAGGCCUUCUUAGUGCCAUCUGUUUAAUCUGUGGAGAUCGUCAGGACCUAGAGGAACCAACAAAAGUGGAUAAGCUACAAGAGCCAUUGCUGGAAGCACUGAAAAUUUACAUCAGAAAGAGACGGCCCAACAAGCCUCACAUGUUUCCAAAGAUCCUAAUGAAGAUCACAGAUCUCCGUAGCAUUAGUGCAAAAGGCUCAAAAUGAAUGGGUCCAGGCUCUACAUUGGACUUGUGGAAGAAGCAGGUAAUCCCGCUUGGAUACCUAAGGUCCCACCAAAGACCUCCUUACAAAAUAAAUAAUUCUGUGGUACAGGAGGGGAGGCAUCCUGCUUCAUUGUUUCAUUAUUGCCUAACUCUAGGUCCUCCUAGAAUGUAUGCUUUUGGAGAAUCAGAAUGAAUGUAAUUUAUAAUUAGGUGCUAAAUUGUGUGAUUCAAACUCUUCUAAGCGCUAUAAAGGAGAGAACUGACAGGCUAGAGUAGUUGUAAGGGCUUCAUGCAAGUGGACUAAAAGCCAGCAGGUCCUGGGUUCCAAUUCUGGCAGGCAAUGCCAUCUAUGCAGUCCUCAGUUUGCUCCUCUGCCAGAUGAAGAAUGGCUUAAUCUGUAAGGUCCAUUCCAGCUCUGAGAGGGUGUGAUCGAUAAACCAGGCCUUGAAGGAGGGGAAAGAUUUGGCUCUGUGGAAAGAGUGAGUGUACUCGGGUAUGCGGAGUGUCAAAGUAUGGGCAGUAAAAAUGAACAUGGAUGCAGGAGAGGCAGGAGAAAGAUGGGACUGACAAGUUGGCAGCUCCUGUUGGGCAACAGGGAGAAUUAAGCCUGGAUAAGCAGGAAGAUGAGACAAAGAUCCUGAACACCACAGAAAAGAACUUCCUAGAAGGCAGAAAGGAUGAGGGACCCGGACAAAAACAGGCUGAACCAGACGAAUGGUACCCAGAAUAACAAAGGCAGACAGACUGGUGGCAGUAAGAAUGGAAAAGAAGGGAUAAAUCCGAGAACCAAUUCUGUGGAAGAACUGCCUGGCCUUGAUGACCAACUGGGUGUUUGUUGGUAAGUGGUUUGCGAACAAAUGUGGCUGUGAAGCAAACCUGCUACUAUCUUACUGCAGUUCAGCUGCCCCUGGAGACAGACUUAGCCAGAAGGCGGGGCCCAAGAAAGGGUGCCUGGGCUCUCACAGAGGAACUGCAGAAAUGGCUAGGAAGAUGGGGGAGAGUUUCUUUUGUAUUCAAUGGGUUUGAACUUUAAAGAAGACAGGGCACUUCACAAUGUAGCUGGAUUGAUCUGAGGUAGGCACAAGUGCAGGCUCCCCUCUCCCACCUCCCAGAAGAGGUAAGCAAUGAGGAAAACAACAGAGAAGAACUCGUAGCGCCCUAGAGAUAAAUUAAUUUGGUUCAUCCAUCCAAUGCCAGGAAAAGGGGCAGAGGUAGAGAGGCAUUUUCCUGCCUCCCCUUAUGGUGGUAAAAGAUGAGAGAAGGCUAUGAGCUUUGUAGCCAGAAAUGGAUGGGAGGGUUGAGGGGGCAUAAAUCUAGAAAACAAAACACUCUCUUCACUGUAGCUGAGGCUUUGGAGCUUGAGGUUUCCAGACUUCUAUAGAAGCUGUUUACUCCUAGAGGUCGCUUUUUGGACCUCAACCAUUUCUAGGUCCCUGGCAAGGCACUCUUAUUCUGUUACUCUGUUCUUGAAUUGGCUGAAUCUUACCCUGACUCCUGGUACCCAAAUAUUCAUAGGAAUCCCUGGAAAAAAUAUGACACCCUUAUUUCUGCUUUUCAUAUGCACAUUUGUUACAGAUAAGUGCUGGUUAGGAUUUCUGUAGUCUGUUAUAGCUAAAAUUCUCCAUGCAAACAAGGUAACAGCGAGGCUAGCAAUUUGUUUCUGCUAAAAUUUUCCCCAAAGCAACUAAUGUAUAUUUUAAUCUUGUGUGCCUGCUCAAUAUAUACACCUGUUUUCAAGGAGCAACUUGAGUAUGUUUGUAAUUAACUUGGUGCAAUCUACCAAGACAUGCUAUCAACAACAUCCCAGGAUCACUCUGCCUAAAAAACUAGUUCUAUAAAAGAAAAUGGAUUAUAGCCAUGUUAACAGGUCUAGUGAAGAAUGCUAACUCCCUGGAAGAGCUGAAAUUCUUUAUAUUGUUAACAAUAUAAAGACAAUGAAGAUGACCACAUCAGAGACAAGAGUUUCCUGGACAGGACUUCGGAAGAACAGUGAUGUUAUGAGCAGAAAUGGAAAGCUCGAUUUUUUAGGGUAGGGGAAUGAGGUAAUGGGAAGUUCAACUUUGAACACUGAGUUUGAGGGAAUAUUAGGUCACCCAAAAAGGAAAUGCCCUGUGGGGAAAUGGAAACAUAGACCUGAAGUAUAUGUGUGAAGUUAAGGCUGUAGAGAAAAUCUAUAAGUCAUUAGUACUGAACUUAUAAUUAAAACCAUAAGAUGAGUUUUCCAAGGGUGUCAGUUUUGAGAGGAAAGGACAAAUGGUUAAGUAUCAAGGUAUAUACUACCAAUCCUAUGAAGCACAUUUCAGAACUAAAAGUCAACAAGAGAUAAGAAAAGUUUUAAUUUUUUAAAAUCUUAAUAAAGAAGUUCCUGAUUCACUAUCUUAUAUAAAAAAGGCACCUGAUACUACUCAUCCUUCUGUCGCAGUGUACAGGUAGAGGCAAUCCAAAAAUUAAUUCUUGUUAAAUAACUGAAAGCUUUUUCAAAAAACUUUCCUUACUUGUCACAAAGAAAGAUAUUUUAUAAUAUUCAAACUGGUGUAUUGCAAAGGAUGCAGAGGCCAAACUCUGCCCCUAACUAGCUGCAUGACUGGAAGAGUCACAAGCCUUUUGGGCCUCAGUCUCUAUAUAUAAGAUGAGGGGCUGGAUUAAAUGAUCUAUAAAAUAGCCUUGUCUGGAGAAGGAAAUGGUAACUCAGUCCAGUAUCUUUGCCAAGAACAUCCCAUGGACAGCAUUGGCAUGGUACAGUCCACAGGGUCAUGAAGAGUCAGACACAACAAGAUACCCUUCUAGCUGCGUGGCUCCCCACCUUCACAGAAUAUACCUGCUACUGUAACAGGGAUAGUAUGGAAGAGGGCGUUAGAUCUAUUCCUUAUCUUCAACAUAGAUGAACUCUGAAUUCAAAAUGAGCAAAUUAUUUAAUUCAUGGAAAUACUUUUUACCCAUUUAAAAGUUGCUAAGGAACAAGAAAUUCUCCUAUAUCCACUGACAAGUAGCCUAUUUAACCAAGCACAGGCCAUGGCUGAUGUCCGAAAUGCCAAGUGGCGCGCCUUGAUUUCAGUGAAAUAAGUAGCACAACUGCUUAAGUCAACCACUCGAUAGUGAUCUUGAACAAAACUGUGAGAUAACAAAGUCAUA